AUGCAUGGCAUCGAAGCAGCUGUGAGGCGCACAGUGCGUCAGAUCGUGUCGCAGCUGGACCCGGCUGCCGAGGUCAGCAGCUCAGGCACCAGGACACGUUCGGUCAAGGUCAGUGUGACUUCACCCGGCAAUUUCACUGUGGGGACCAGCUGUCACGACAUCCAAGGGACGCAGGGCGCCAACCAGUCAGGCAUCUACCUCAUCCACCCGCCCAACCUGGUGCAGGGGCCGUGGAAGGUCUACUGCGAUCUGGAGACAGAAGGAGGAGGCUGGACGGUGUUCCAGGUCAGAGACGACGUUGAGCCACACGAGAACUUCUUCAGGAACUGGGAUGACUACAAAGUUGGGUUCGGUGAUUUCGACAGGGAAUUUUGGCUGGGCAACAUCCUGGUGUGGGCGCUGACCAACGCCGACAACGGCACCCGCUUCGAGCUGGCCAUCGACCUGGAGGACUGGUCAGGCAACAAGCGCUUCUCCAGGUACCGCAGCUUCCGCCUGGGCCCUGAGGGCGACGCCUAUCGCCUCUACCACCAGAACCUCUACUACGGCAACGCGGGCGACUCGCUCUAUAGCCACAACGGCCUGCCGUUCUCCACGUUCGACGUCGACAACGACAACCGCCAGGGCAACUAUUCGGAGCGCAGCUGCGCGCGCCUCUACAAGGGCGCCUGGUGGUACGGCAACUGCCACGACUCCAACCUCAACGGCUGGUACCUGGGGGGCGCACACCGCAGCUUCGCCGACGGCGUCGUCUGGUACACCUGGACGGGCUACAACUACUCGCUGCGGCGGAGCGUGAUGAAGCUGCGGCCGCAGGGCUCUGGUCCAAUCCCGAUCGGUCAGGACACGUUCAUUAUCGCGAGCCGCGCCGGCAGGGCCCAGGUGGGUCCUCCGCUGGACGCGCCGGAGCUGAUGGGACCGGCCAACACGCUCACCAGGCCCUGAGCGGAGCGGGCUCUGGUUGGUGGUCUGCGGGUGGUCUCGUAGUGACCUGUGGGUGGUCUGAUGGUGGUCUGUCGGUGGUCUGAUGGUGACCUGUGGUUGGUAUGAUGGUGGUCUGUGGGUGGUCUGAUGGUGACCUAUGGUUGGUCUGAUGUCGGUCUGUGGGUGGUCUGAUGUCGGUCUGUGGGUGGUCUGAUGGUGACCUGUGGUUGGCCAGAUGGUGGCCUGUGGGUGGUCUGAUGGUGACCUGUGGUUGGUCUGAUGGGGGUCUGUAGGUGGUCUGAUGGUGACGUAUGGGUGGUCUGAUGGUGACCUGUGGAUGACUUGAUGGUAGGAUGUUGCUGACCGAGCGAUUAUCUGACAAUGGCCGAGCGGUGACCUAACAGUGACCGAGUGAUGACCUGACGAUGGCCGAGUGGUUACCUGGCUGUGACCGGGCGGUGACCUGCUAAUGACCGAUUGAUUACCUGAAGAUGACCAAAAGGUGACUUGACGAUGGCCAAAUGGUGAUUUGACGAUGAUCCGAGUGAUGACCUGACGACGAAUGGGCAGUGUCCUGACAAUGAAUGAGCAGUGACAUGACGAUGA